UCGUAGCAGUCUGUUGUGUGUCUGUUGUUAGAACAAGUAAUCAACUGUUGCACACAUAUUUUACGAAGGCAGCCUCUCUUAAGUCCCUGUUGCCUGGGCCAAGGAUAGGGUAACAAAUCAGGAAUUUCCUUCUGCCACUCCUGCAAGUGCAAGGGAAAAGAAAAAGAAAACGACCAGGCAAAGCAUUUUUAAGCUCCCAUUUCCGCCCUGAAAAGGCGAUCUGGGCAGCUGCAACAGUUUUUGAUGCGUAUUUAAUUUUAUUUUUUUGUGUGAGUGCUUGGUUUAAACCACUCUGUAUCAAAUCGGUUGGGAACAUGUCCCCACUUAACGGUGCAAACCGAUAUAACUGUUUCAGCUAUUGUUGAGACCUUACAGUUUUAGCACUUUGAUGAUGUAGCCUACUACUUUUUCUCGCCUCGGAAUAGUCCUCAAAUUAUUGGAGCAUAUUGGAGCGUACUGUUUUGCAAGACGUCUUUGUUCCAGAGAAGACGAAGAAAAUAGUCCCUAACAAGAGGAAGCCAGUGACAGCGUGUACAAGUUUGGGUUUUGUAACUUUUUUUCAUCCCGUUCUCGGAGUGGAUUGGUGUCGCUAUUUUCUGUCUAACUCUUAGGUACGUGGAUGGUGGCUGUCUCCGUUUUUCUUUUUUGGGAUCCUGGAUUUACCCGUUCGUCUACAGAUACCGUUACUUUUGAACGUUUGAUGCAGUCAAAAGCAACCUGAUCGACGAAACAUUCGAACUUGAGCAAGAAAGGGGAAAACCACAAAAUAUCCAUCGAAAGUCCCCGUUUCAGGGAGGAAUUCUCAUCAAAAGAAUCGCGUGGAAGGAUGCUGUUUCUGGUAAAAUGGCAAUGAAGAACACCUUUGUAGCUGCUGUGGUGCUGAGUUUAUUCUUUUGUCGGAGUUGUAGCCAAGAACUUAACCCGAAAGGCAGAAAUGUAUGCAAAGUGCCCGGGUCCCCCGGGUUGGCGUGCUGCGCGGGGUGGAAGCAGCAGGGAGAAGAGUGCGUGACCCCGCUGUGCGAGGGCAACUUCACGUGUAAGGAGAACGAGGUGUGUGUCAGACCCAAUGAAUGUCGCUGUCGCCAUGGUUACUUCGGAGCCAGCUGUGACACCAAGUGCCCGACCCAGUUCUGGGGCCCGGACUGCAAGGGCAAGUGCACGUGCUACCCCAACGGCCAGUGCGACGACGUGACCGGCAAGUGCACCUGCAACCCCAACCGCUGGGGCUCCAACUGCGAGAAGGCCUGCCUGUGCCAGAAGGGCAAGUGCGACCAGGAGACGGGCAAGUGCACCUGCCACGCCGGCUUCUGGGGGCCGCAGUGCUCCAGCAACUGCUACUGCAGCGCCAACUCGGUGUGCGAGCAGACCUCGGGCCACUGCAUCUGCCAGCCGGGCUGGUACGGGCGCAACUGCGGCGCGCAGUGCACCUGCAACAACUCGCCGUGCGAGCAGUACACGGGCCGCUGCCUCUGCCGCCCGCGGAUGUGGGGCCCGCGCUGCGAGCGCUACUGCCAGUGCGUCCACGGCAAGUGCAACCCGACCGACGGCUCCUGCACCUGCACGCCCGGCUACCGCGGCAAGUUCUGCCGCGAGCCCUGCCCCGCCGGCUUCUACGGGCAGAACUGCAGGAACAGGUGCGGCCACUGUAAAGGGCAGCAGCCCUGCAAGGUGACGGAGGGCCGGUGCGUGACCUGCGAGCGGGGCUGGAACGGCACCAAGUGCGACCAGCCCUGCGCCCCCGGCUUCUUCGGCGAGAACUGCGUCGACGAGUGCCCCCCGUGCAAGGACGGCCACCACUGCAACCGCAUCGACGGCAAGUGCACCCACUGCAACCCCGGCUGGAUCGGAGAUCGCUGUGAGAUGAAAUGCCCGAACGGGACGUACGGCGAGAGCUGCGCAAACGACUGCAGCCACUGCUUCAACGGGGACUGCCACUUCGCCACGGGGGAGUGUCUCUGCGAUCCCGGGUUUUAUGGGACAUACUGUAAUCUGACUUGUCAGUCUGGUCAGUACGGUGUGAACUGUGCACAAACCUGCUCUUGCCACGACAGGACGUGCAAUCCGGUGUCUGGAGCCUGCAACCUCCAACCCAACCAGCGGAUGGGCGUGAUCGCGGCCGGGACGCUGGUGUCCUUCCUCCUCAUCGUCCUCCUCUCCCUGCUGUGCUGCUGCUGCCUGUGCAAACAGAAGAACGAGAGCAACCCAGACCGUGAAAACAGUGCCAGCAGCAAAAUGAGCAAACGGCUGUUUUGCGGGAGAUUCAGCAGGAUCAGCACAAAACUGCCCCGGAUUCCACUCCGACGGCAGAAGCUGCCCAAAGUUGUCGUGGCCCACCAUGACCCCGAGAACACGUUCAACUGCAGCUUCAUCGAGCCCCCUUCUGUGGUCGAGCAGCCCUCCCCGUCCUGGUCCUCCCAGAAUUCCUUCUCCUCUUCUUUCGAGACCAGCGAUGAUGGACCGGUCUACUGCGUGCCGCACGAGGACUCCGUGGCGGAGAGCAAAGACAAGGGCGGCCCCCCGGCGGCGGCGUCGGAGAAGACGGCGGCCCCCCAGGAGGAGGACGCGGGCGAGUACACCUCCCUGAAGGACGCCGGCUCCCCCAAGCGGCCGGCGGGCGACGCCGGCGAGACGCCGCUCCUCAAGUCGUCCGACAGCGAGGGCUCGGCCAGCGAGGGCUCCGAGUCGGCCAUCGGGGCGCUGUACGCCCGCAUCGCCCGGCUCUCCAAGCAGUCCCGGGACGAGGAGGACAAGGACGCCGCCGCCGCCGGCAAGCCCCCGUCUCCCGAGAGGACCAAGCCGCGCCCGCCCGACCCGUCCACCAAGCCCAAGGUCUCCUGGAUCCACGGCACCGCCGGCGCCGCCCCGCCCGAGAAGGCCCAGGCUCCCGCGGCCCCCAAGGAGAGGAAGAGGAGCUCCGGGGAGGCGCCGGGGAGGAGCGAGAAGGAGGCGCAGAGGGCCAAGGAGAAGGGCGGCAAGCACCGGGAGCACCGGCACCAGGAGGCCAAGAGCGCGGCGGGGGCGGGGGAGGCGGGGGCGGGCGGCUCCCCCAGCAAAAGCAAGGCCCACAAGCCCCGACCGGGCCAGGAGCAGAUGGAGCACAUCAACGGGGCGGUGCAGAACGCCCUGCGCAAGAUCGGCAACUUCCACGCCGACAGGAAGCCCGCCGAAGCCAAGGAGGCGCCCAAGAGCCCCGGGAAGGCGCGGUCCGAGGUGCUCCACCCCCACAUGAACUCGGAGGCCGCCACCCUCCUGGCCGCCCAGCUGAAGGAGAAGACGCAGAGCAUCAACCGCAACGAGGGCGUGGCCAAGCAGAACGGCCUGUCCGCCCCGCAGGCCCACCUCCGCGAGAAGCCCACGCCGCCCCAGAAGGCCAAGCGCUCCGCGGCGGGGCCGCACCAGGCCGCCGCCAAGCCCCUGCUGCCCACCUCCGCCAACCUGCAGAAGAUGGUGGCCCCCGCGGCAGAGACUGCGUCCCCGGAGCCCAAGGGCCCCGAAAAACAGGACUCCAACGGCCCCAGGGCCGCCGACUCGGGGGACCCCACGCCCAAGAAGACCCCCAUUAAAAAACCCCCCAGGAAGAAAGGCAAGGAGGGGACCUUGGACACGGAAACUAAGAGCAGUCCCAAGACGGCCAUUAUGCCACCGCAGUUGGUGAAAUAGAGCCGUCUCAAACUGCCAAAAGCUGUUGCUACGGUCGCGGUUUUCAAAUAAAUCGGGGACGACUCUGACCUACUUUUUUCCAGGCGUAGAAGCAAAUGGACUCUGAUAGUUUUUCGAUCCAAAUGGCUGAGGAUUUGACUUUUGUUUUAUGAAAUUCUGUGGACCAGAAAAGGAUGCAUAGAACAUGUCCCGCAGGAGCCAGAUGUUGUCAAUGGCAAUUUCUGAAACAAUGGCGAGUUGUUUCGAAGAACUGUAAACCUUUCAGUAUUACUUGGAUUUAAUGUCAUGUUUUUAUUUUCUCCAGUCUUGUAUACUUGCAAUUUAGUAUUUUCAAUUUUUUACGUUCAGCAAAGGAUAAUACUUUCUCAAACAGAUCUGACGGUGGCAAGAAAAUCCUACAUUAGUGUUGGACUGCAUUUCUGUCAGAUAUAUAUGCCCACCACUAUAUAUAUUUUUAAACAUAAUCUGUAUCUGAUAUACCCCAAACAUACAUUUAUUAUUAUAUAUUAUAAUAUAUAGUGUAUAUAUACAUGUUGUAUUCGAUACAACAAUAAUAAUCUAUGCAAAGGACUCGUUUAAGGUUUUACUCCAAAAGGUACGGAACGUGUGAUUGUUAUUAUGUUCAGACAUCAGUUCCAGUCACGUCACGUUUUUUUUGUUCUCGACAUAAAAGUUGGUUGACACUCGGUGGUGAGCUGUAAAUGUUAUUUAUAUGCGCAGGUGUGGUUGACUUUUGGUUCCACGCGCUGUUAGGAGAAUUCUUUAUGCUACAGUACAUUGACCGGUGAGCAGGAUUAUUUGAACGUAUAUUGGAGAAGAGGUGUGUCGUAUGCCGGCACUGUACGAAGGGUGUGUUUUCCUUCCUUUUGAGGCAUUUUAUUGUGGUCAGUGUUGCAUUAUUAAAAGACAAACAUGUCGUCUUUCAGAUUUAGGUGAUUUUCGUGCCUUUUCUUUUGGCCAGGACUAUUUUUUUUGUUGUUGUUACUGUUAGCCUAUAUUCCUUUGUCCUGCUACGGACAUUGAACUUUCUUCGUUUGUGUUUUUUUCACGUUGUCAUUUUCAUUGUCAUUUUUUUUUUUAAUGUCAAAUUUUGGUUGACGUAUACCGAACCGCUUAUGGUUCUGUGAAAGCUGGACGUCCGUCCGUCAGGAGCGAGGGAUCGUCCGUUGUGACGCGGACGCUAGCCUAGCUGUUUGAGUAAAGGGAAGCAAAACAGCAGCUGAAUUAUAAUGCUCUGUUUUUUUCCCCUGUAGAUCGACAGCAGGGGGGGGGUCUACCACUGCUGCAGUCAGCGUUUUGAGGUAAAGAUAGCCCUCCAGGUGCAGGAAGAAGAACCACCGGUGUGGUUUUUUUUUUUUUGUACUCAGUGCUAGUUUCGAGGCGAGUCAGGAUGCUGUGUGGCCACAGGUUUUGUUUCCACGGGUGUAAAAAGACGACCAGCCUGCUAUUCGGGUGCUCGAUCCUAUCGUCUUAUCACAGUGCCCAGAUACUGGCGCCUACAUGGGUCUCACCUGGAUUCCAACCCACAGUUUUUGGUUCUCCAGAACAUUCUGGGAAUGUUGGGAAACGUAGGUAAAAUGUCUCUGGGCUUCCUGGGCGUCCCUCGAAUGUCAAGUCACAGAGGGGGUUGCACGGAAUGGCCUUACAGUGUUUUUCAUUUUUUCAUUCAGGUUAAAAGAUUAUCGGAAUUGGGGAUUGUCAUUCAGGUUAAUUUUUUCCCAUUUACCAAAGUUACACAAAUCUGCCAUUUGCAGUAAUUUAUUUUGGAACGUUAGUAAAAUGUGUUUUCCCCAUGUCCGCCACCAUGUUUCUUUCAACGCUAAAUACCUGGAACAUUUUUCAGUGACUUUGACAGAAAUGGUUUGGAACAAUAAAAUGUUCCAGAAAUGCUGUUUGGGGAAUAUUCCCAUCAUAAUGUAGUCUCACGAUCACAUGGAUCUGAUUAAGUGUUGCCCAAUGUUUCGGAAAUAUUUUGUCUAUCUAGAAUGGGCCUGUGUCUGUUUCAUUAGCAGGUAUAGCUGACGGGGAAGGUUUCAGCUAUUUUUGGCAUUGACCAGAGCCAGGCACCAGACUUUUUCUGGCGCUGAACAGACCCCUUUCCCCACCAAAGAUUUACGGAAAAUGUCACGUGGCAGCCUUUCGCCUCUGUCACGGAGACGCCUAACGGGUUCGUUUGAAAGAAAAUGGCGGCCUGGAGCAGGUUUCGCGAUCGGCGACUGUCUGUCCGCCUCGAGAGUCGCCCUCGCCUUUUUCCACCCUCCGGGAAUUCCCACGCUUCUCAGACGAUCAAUCAAAGUCACCGGGUCAACUCCAGGAGCUCCUCUGGCAGGGUUUGCUGAUGUUUUCUUAAAACCGGUUUUCCUUUAACUUUUUUUUUUUUUUUUAACACCCAUGCUGCCGUGCACAGGUCACCAGAUGCAAAGGACACUGUGCAAAACUUGCUUUCCAGGAUUUACUCACCGAGGAUGCCUUACCGCAUGACAAGAAAGACGUUUCUUCCUCUUGCAUGUAAAUCGUAAAAGGGGUUUUGAGGCAACCAUUAUGUGUUACAUACAUUCACAAGUGAUAACAACACAGGUAUCACAUGGUACCGUUGUACCAAUGGGUGCUGUCUAUAUCAGAAAAGGUCUGUUGGUAUAGUAGCUGAUCGAUGAGACCUUAAAAAAAGUAAAUGGAAUUAGUUCCAUUUGCAGACAACGAAUCAAACGCAUCUCUUCAAGCGUGAUAAAUGAUCGGAGGACAUUUUGAGAACUGACAUCCCCAUAAAUACAGAGGGCUCUAUCAAUGAACUGGAUAUUCCCAAAGGAAUGAAUGCAGUGUAUUUGAAUUGUGUUUGAAAGGAUUACUUUGUCUUUACAUUGCCAGCAUGGUACCAGUAUUGAGUGUAAGUGUACAGAUAUUCAGUUGAAAUUGUUCUCUGUCGGGGUGAGUUCACACACAAAAAAUAUUUCUGAAUGCUAGUGAGUUUUUUGUUAAUUUUUCUUUUUUUAUUAUUUUCAAGGUACAACAGGUUUUUUUACAUUACAAAAUUUGUUAACGUCCUACUUGUAAAGAAUUGUUUUUGUAUCAGUAUUAUUGUAAAUGUGCGUAAGCUGUGCUUAUAUGAAUCAAUUUGCUAUGUUUUGUGAUUCAGUGUCAAUGAACUGGCUUUCAUAUUUUAUUAGAUUUUUUUAUAUGUAAACGUCUGGCUCGAAGGCAAAUAUGAAUGCAGACUUGCUUUUUUAUUGUUUUCUACAAUGAAAUUUUACUGGGAACUUUUUGCUUUGCUUUCAAGAAUUGCUUCUUAAAACUUGCCAAAAACAGAAAUGAAUGGAAAAACAGAAACAGAAAUUAAUGAAUUCUUUAUUAGCUACUGAUAGCCAUUAAAAACAAAUAUGUAUUUGCCAAUUUUCGAAUAGGGGAAUUAUUCAGGAAUUAUUCAAUAAGACAUUACAGGUCUCUUUGAAUGUGCCUUGUCCCAAUUGCCACUAAGAAUGCUAAUAUGCAUUUUUAUUGUUAAAUUGAUUUAUAAUUCAAUUGAAUAGUUAAUUUUGCGUGAAAAAAAAUCAGAUGCAGAAUAUAUACAAUAUAUUUAAUGCCUGCAAGUGGAAAGCAAAAGCCCUCUAGUCUGACCGGCCCAAGUUUGAAGCAGGGCCUCAAAAUGGUUGUUGUCGUCAUGGUUAUUCCGUCUGUCUGUUUGUUGUUGUGGUUUUUGUCGUUGUUGUUGUUGUUGUUUUUUUAGUUUUUUUUUUGGUUUGUUGUUAAUGUGAUGUUGGUUUUCAUUUUUUUAUGAUACAAUAAAAGGAAUUUGUACCCUGUGAA